AUGGCCGCGAUGCUGCCCUGGCGCCGGAGCAAGUUCGUGCUGGUGGAGGGCGAGCGCAAAGGCAAGGGCAAGAGCCUGGGGCCGGGGCUGAGCUACGCCUCGCUGCUGUCGGGCUUCGUGCACUCCUGCCCGCACCUGCUGCCCGAGUGCCCGUUGGGCCGCCUGGGCAGCGUCUUCCGCAGCAGGCGCCAGAAAGUGGAGCUCAACCAAGAGGACCCCACCUACACCGUCUGGUACCUGGGCAACGCCGUCACCCUCCAAGCCAAAGGCGAGGGCUGCACUCAGGAGGCCGUGGAGAAGAUCUGGGCCAAGAGCGACUACGGGGCCGGCGGCACCAAGAUGAAGCUCACCCUGGGCCCCCACGGCAUCCGCAUGAGCCCCUGCGAGAAGGGGCCCCGCCGGCCCGGCCAUGCCUACCUUCUACAUCGCAUCACCUACUGCGUGGCCGACGGGGGCCACCCCAAGGUCUUCGCCUGGGUCUACCGGCACCAGGUCAAGAACAAAGCGGUGGUGCUGCGCUGCCACGCCGUGCUGGUCUCCAAGGCCGAGAAGGCCCACGCCAUGGCUCUGCUCCUCUACCAGACCUCCCGCUCGGCCUUCAAUGAGUUCAAGCGCCUCAAGAGGCAGAACGACUCCCGCCGCCUCCAGCAGCAGCUGCUGGGUGAAGCCAUCGUGCCCUGGGUGCCCCUUCGGAAACUUCUCAACUGCAAAUGCCCCUACCGGCCUCCCCCGGAAAGGAACCGCAGUGCCCCGCGACUGAGCGCCAUCCGAGAGGAGGAAGAGGAGGACGAGAGCGGGGAGAAGGAGGGCAAAGGCGCCGGUGCUCCCUGUGGCCGGGCCUGUAGCUCCGCUUGCUGCAUUGACCGGGUCGGGCCCGACUUGAUCAUCAGCAGUCGCCAUGAGCACAGCACGGUGGGCAUCCGCGUCUCCAUCGGCAGCCCCGACGGCAUGCCUCCGUGUGGCAAAACUGCCACCGGUCAGGUUUCCAAGAUGGUCAAAGGCAGAGAGAGGUCAGAGGUGCUGAUCUUGGCCCACCAGUUGAGGGUCUGCACUUUGAGAAGCCCCCUGCCCAGGGCAGACACACCUUCUUGGGAGACCACAGCAAAGCCAUCUUGCCUGUCUUCUUAGGAACCCUGGAGCUAUCAUGGUUUAUUUUUUUUUCCAGAUUUUCUGGUAGAGGAUUUGGAGGAGUGGGAGUAUGGAACAUAUUGUUCCCUCUGCUUGCUCGCUUCCCUUCCGUGUUCCCUUGGCUGCCGUCUGUACGUCUCAGGUUGACAAACUGCGCAGGGCGGUCAUUAAUUCCUCGUCGAUGGAUGCGUGUCGUUGAUGUGUGCCGAUUCUACUCAGCCAAGCUUUUAUGACUCUGAUUCUCAUUUUGACCAGAACAACGAGUCUGUUUGUUUUUCUUCCGUAGACAAUGAAAUGGUCAACCUAAGUAGUCUCUGAGAAUUCUCGACUUGCUGUUCAGAUGAAAUGCCAAGCCGUGCCAAUGUACAAAGACCGUCAGCACAGCAGUGGGUGAUAGGCAGUUAGCUCUUGGGUGGAGAUGUUGUUUUGGAGCUUUAGCAUGUCCUCAGUAGGACAGAAGGAGAAGGAGCGCAUGGAUUUGAUUUCCGUAGAGGGCCGAAGGCUACUCUGACUUAAACAGCUGUUCCUUAUUUGUUCAAAAUGGGGAAAAAUGUCUUAAAAGAAGCUCUGUGUGUGUGUGUAUAUAUAUGUAUGUAAAAAAACAUUUUCCCUUUGCGUUUGCA